AUGCCCCUGAAACUUGUUGAUUCAGGUGUUUCCAUUGAAUCCAAGGGACACCUGGAGGAGGAGCCAUGUGCAACUGCCGAUGACGAUGAAAUCGUUCACAUUUAUCCGAAAGAAAUCGUCGUUGACACCAUAGAUCCUCGAGAUACACCUACACCUGAUGCAUGGGUUCCAAGAGCUAAGGAGCUGGUUCGGUUGACUGGCAGGCACCCCUUCAACUGCGAAGCGCCACUUCCAUUGCUGAUGAAGCAGGGAUGGUUGACGCCUGUAGCUUAUCACUUUGUGAGGAAUCAUGGCUAUUGUCCCAAGGUCGACCAGGUGUCUCACCGUUUGACCAUAGAAGGACUUGUCGAGAGACCACAAUCUUUUACAAUGACGGAAAUUAUGGAUAUGCCCCACGAGGAGUUUCCUGUGUUACUUGUGUGUGCAGGCAAUCGAAGGAAGGAACAGAAUGCUGUAAAGCAGAGUAUUGGAUUCAAUUGGGGCGCUGCUGGUUUAUCAAAUUCGAUUUGGAAGGGUGUACAACUACGAGAGUUGUUGACACAUGUUGGAGUAAAUCUGAAAAAGGCAAAGUACGUGUGCUUUGAGGGUGUGGAGGAUUUACCAAAGGGCAAGUACGGUACUAGUAUAUCCAUAGACACUGCUAUGGAUCCUCGAUGUGAUGUACUAGUCGCUUAUCAAAUGAAUGGUAAAUCCCUCGCUCCGGAUCACGGCUUUCCAAUAAGGAUGAUAAUUCCUGGUCAUAUCGGUGGACGCAUGGUGAAAUGGCUGUCUCGUAUAACAGUUACAAGCAAAGAAUCCGAUUUAUACUACCACUACUUCGACAACAGGGUCUUACCCACCGUAGUGACCAGUAGUGAAGUUGCCGACAAGGAAGAAUGGUGGUAUAAAGAAGAGUACAUCAUCAACGAGCUGAAUGUGAACAGUUGUAUAUCUAGCCCCUCACACGACGAAGUCCUGCAGCUGCCUGCCAAAGAACCAUACACUAUGAAGGGUUAUAGUUAUACAGGAGGAGGUCGUAAAGUCAGCCGGAUUGAAAUAUCACUAGAUCAGGGUGGGUCUUGGAAGCUCGCCACCAUCUUGCCAUACCCACAACAGUAUAUACGGCGUGGUAAAUACUGGAGUUGGUUCCAUUGGGAAUACGUAGUUGAAGAUGCAAGCGUUCUCAAGUGUAAGGAAUUAUGGGUCAGAGCUUGGGAUGGACAAUCACCGCAGCCUGAAAAGAUGACAUGGAAUUUGAUGGGUAUGAUGAACAACUGCUAUUUCAGAAUACGUGUUCACCAUCUUGCCAACGGCUCUAUACGCUUCGAGCAUCCAACCUUGCCUGGAGCACAAUCUGGAGGCUGGAUGUAUUCUUCACAUGUCGACACAAACUCGGUUGUUCUGUCAUCUCCCAAAUUCAAGCCAGUCACAGCAAAUGGUCUGUUGUCACCAAUGAUGAGAGCCACGGGCGCAUUGGCUCCUUCACCGUUAUUAAAAGCAAUGAAUGGACCAGAGAUCAAGGAGAUUGUUGAGCUAGUGCCAUCGAAACCGCUGGCAAAAUACACCAUGAAGCAAGUCGCAGAACACAAAACCAGUGACGAUUGCUGGUUUGUCCAUAGUGGUAAAGUAUAUGACGCUACGCCGUUUAUGACAGCCCAUCCUGGAGGUGCCGAUAGUAUACUAAUAGUGGCCGGAACCGACUGUACCGAAGAGUUUGAUGAUAUCCACUCGAAAAAGGCACACGUGAUGCUGAAGGACUAUCUAAUUGGUGAACUGGUAGUAGACGACGUCGCAGAAUAUCUUGAUAAAGUGACCACCUUUAAUCCUCGCACAUAUACCCCAUAUUUGAAACUCGUAAAGAAGGACAUACUCAACCACGACACCCGAAUAUUCCGAUUCCAAUUCUCAGACACCGAUAUGAUGGGUAUGCCAACAGGCAAGCACGUCAUGCUGAAGAUACCUAGUCAAGAUGGUGAAUCGAAAAACGUAAUCCGAGCCUAUACCCCGAUAUCAACGUCAUCUCACGUCGGUUACAUGGAUAUUUUGAUUAAGAUAUACUUUAAAGAUGAAAACCAUCCGACAGGGGGUAGAUUCACUUCAGCUCUGGAACAAUUGAAAAUCGGAACAACGAUUGAUGCAAAGGGGCCGUUGGGCCAUAUAGAGUACUUGGAUGGGUCAGGAAACGAAUUCUUGCUCCCGUCGUCUGCAUCAUCACACGAUCAUGUAGUUACUAAGGUCAAACACGUAACAAUGCUUGCCGCUGGAACAGGUAUAACACCAAUGUAUAAUGUCUUGCAGCAAAUGCUGCCAGACUUGGAUAAACUAGCUGCUAAAGAUGCGCCUAAAAUCCAAUUGCUGUAUUCCAAUCGUAACGAAGAUGACAUUCUUCUGUAUAAAGAGCUGGAAGCCAUGGUGAAGCGCUACCCAACUCGGUUUAGCAUAUACUAUACUCUGUCUGGUAUCAAACCUAGUAACUGGAAGCAUGGCAAGGGAAGAAUUGACAAGAAGAUGAUGGAGGAUUACAUACCACGUGCAAAGAAAGGGUCGGUAGCCUUCUUGUGUGGUCCAGAUGGAAUGGUUGAUACCUGUAAAACACUGCUGAAGGACCUAGAAUUCCACGAAGACUGGAUUUUCGAAUUCUAG